AACCCUUUUACCCAGCGGCUGCCCCAUCAUCUUUAAUUUCAGGGCGGCUCCGUGUCAUCUCGCCCAAAAUGAUGUCCACAUCGAACGAUGACGACCCCUUCUUGCAAGUUCAAGCAGACGUUCUCUCUGCGCUCAACACCACCCGGCCCCUGUUUGCGUCGUACCUGCGAAUCCGGUCCUCGGCCUCGUCUGCCAGUUCUCCCGAGCUUCGAGAAGCCCGCAGCGAGCUCGAACAGACGCUCCAAGAGCUCAGCCAGGAUCUCGAAGAUCUCAUCGAGAGCGUCAAGGCUGUCGAGCAUGACCCGUACCGCUUCGGCCUUGAGAUCGACGAAGUAGAGCGUAGAAGGCGACUAGUCAAGGAAGUCGGAGAUGAAGUUCAAAACAUGCGGAAGGAGCUCCUGCAGACGGUCUACGAUGCCCAGAACAAGGGGAAGGCUGCUAUGAACGGAGACAUGUUGCCCGACCCAGAUUCCUUCGACGACCAGGAUGAAUAUGCAGCUUUCGAGCAGGAGCGGCAAGUCGAGUUGAUGCACGAGCAAGAUGAGGCUCUGGAUGGUGUCUUCAAAACCGUGGGAAACCUGCGACAGCAAGCUGAUGAUAUGGGCCGCGAACUAGAAGAGCAAGGGGAACUCCUCGAUGAUGUCGACAACGUGGCCGAUAGGGUUGGCGGAAAGCUCCAGACUGGCCUCAAGAAGGUUGGUUGGGUCAUCAAGAAGAACGAAGAUCGGUGGUCGAGCUGCUGUAUUGGGGUACUCAUAUUUGUUCUGAUAUUACUACUGGUCCUUCUCCUCAUCCUCUAAGCAGUCUGCCACCACUAAGUGAUGGCGAAAGACCAAUUUGAAAGAGCGACGUCCAGAUUGAACCCGAAAUUCCAAAGACAUUUCGGGAUGUCCAUCCCCAGAUCCGCUCGCACAUCAA